AUGAAGCCCGCACUUGCAACCAGCCACACCGUCUCCGUCCUCCACCCGAAUAACCUCCCGAUACAUACCGGCGCAGUCUCGCGACCACACAUACACAAAGAAGAAAAGAUGGAUUCCCUAGGUGGUGGCGGUUUCGGCAAUGCCGACUUGAGCAAGCUGUCCGACCGCGACAAGCAGGAACUGCAGCAAUUCGCUAUGAAUGAGGGACAGAAGGCUAGGAUUCAAUCUUCGAUACACUCCCUCACCGACACAUGUUUCCGCAAAUGCAUCCCCGCGGGUACCGUCAAGGCGGGCAAAUUGGACAAGUACGAGGAGCCGUGCAUGAGGCAGUGUGUGGAUCGGUUCUUGGAUGCGAAUAUGGUUGUGCUGAGGGAGUUGGAGAGGUUGAGGGGAUAG